GCGAGCACUGAGUUCUCGUCGCUCGUGGCGUCCUUGAGCAGGUCCGAUAUGAAGGUCCUGUUGCAGCUCGUGUCCGUGUUCGGCGCGCUCGGUGCAGUUGUCCAGGCGCAAUGCCCGGAUUACACGACCUAUGCACAGAGUCCUCAAGGGAACCCAUCAAGCGGCCCUCUGGCACUGCCGUAUAUGAGGCCUGAGCCGGCUUGCAGGACGUUCAACAGUAGUGCUGUUGAGCAAGUGAUAGCGAACAUGACGACGCGCUUGAAGGACCCUGACAUUGCUCGUCUGUUCGAAAACACGUUCCCUAACACGCUCGGUACGACUGUCAGGUAUUAUAACGAAACAGAAAAUCUGGCCUUCAUCAUCACAGGGGAUAUCACGGCGCAAUGGCUGCGUGACACCGCCAAUCAGUUUGCUCACUAUCACACACUUCUGUCCAUAGACAAGGACCUCGCUUCGCUUGUCAAGGCUGUCAUCAACAAUGAAGCGAGAUACGUCUCGCAAUAUCCCUACUGCGGUGCUUUCCAGCCUCCACCGGAAAGCAGAUUAAGCCCUACAGUAAAUGACUGGGCGCUCGACGUCACAGUCAAUCCUCCGGUGGAUAAUCAAACCGUUUUCGAGUGCAAGUACGAGCUUGAUUCAUUGUGCGGAUUCAUCAAACUGUCAAGGUCCUACUAUCAAGCCACAGGCGACGACUCUAUGAUGAACGAUAACUGGUAUGCAGCUAUCGACCGAAUAUUCCGAGUCAUCAACGAACAGUCUCAGCCCUCCUUCGAUGAGAACUUCAACUGGAUCUCGUACUACAACUGGACCGGUGGGAACGGUGCUCUGUCUCCUGCAGUCGACAACGGCGGCAACGGCGAGCCGAAGGGCUACACUGGCUUGGUGGGCACUCAUCACAGGCCCUCCGAUGAUCUCAGCGUGUUUGCCUUUCUGACUCCUGCGAAUGCGAUGCUGAGCGUCGAGCUGAAUCAUUUGGCUGAGAUACUCGAUGCGGCGGGCCAAGGUCAGAAUAUCAGCACUCAGGCGAAGAAAUGGAGCAAAACUAUCAGCGACGCCAUAUGGAACACUACUUUGUACAAUAACAUAUUCGCCUACGAGACAAAUGGCCUGGGUUCGCGAUAUGUGAUGGAUGAUGCGAAUGUUCCAUCGCUGCUGGCAUUGCCCUACCUCGGCUUUCUGAACAAGACAGAUCCUGCCUACGUAGCCACCCGCAAGGUGCUCUUGUCGAGGAACAAUCCCUACUACGCAGCAGGGCAGACCUUCAGCGGCAUCGGUGGUCCUCAUGUCGACCCGUGGCACCCAUGGCCCAUGUCGCAGGUGUCAGCCAUCUUCGGCACGGACGACGACGCGGAAAUUACGAAGUCGCUGUAUCUCAUUGCGAACAACACACACGGCCUCGGUCUGAUCCACGAGUCGCAGUCGAUCUAUAAUUCCUCUGAUUAUACGCGACCGUGGUUCGCGUGGGCGAACAGCUAUUUCGCCGAGAUGCUGUUGGACCUUGCACAGCGCAAGCCGUACCUCAUCUUCAAGGACAACGUAUCGUAUACUCCUGGCCAGUAAGCGUAGGACUAUGAUUAUCUGACUCAACUCGGAUGGAAUACGUUCAUCCUUCGCGCUGGCAUGUACAUGUCGCGAGGGGUACUAAUCUUCACUGGCAGAAUUAUAACAUAAGGGUUCGCUCCAGCGUAUAUAUCCCUACUUUUCGUUAUACCAAUCUAUUGCCUUGAUGCGCAGCUGCCAAGC